CCUCAUCUCAAUGUGCAUCCGCGAAACUGCAUCCAUGCCCCGAUGAGCCCGCGUCAGCUUUGCACUUAGAGGAGAUGGGCGAGCAGUUCCGCUGGAGUCCCAAUGAGGAGGAGAUGGGCCAAAUGCUGCUCCAGGGCGCAUUGGCAUACCUGGAAGUUGGUGAUCGAAUCGGGUGCGCAGGCGGUCUUCAUGGAGGACCAGGUGACUCUGGAGCACUUGAUCAAACAGAAGGCGAACCUGGAGUCCAAGGACGAAACAGGCGCCACUCCCUUGCACAUUGCGGUUACUCGCAACAUGCCACAGACGGUGUCGUGGCUCCUACGGCACAGGGCGAACUGUGCCGCCAAGGACGGGGACGGCUACCACGCCCUGACCUGGGCCUGCAUCAAGGGCCACCUGCAGGUGGUCAAGAUUCUGCUCGAGGCCAACGCCAGCAUCGAGGAAGCUGCCAGCUCCAAUGGGAAGACACCGCUCUCCUUGGCAGCGGAGCGGGGGCACAUGGAGGUGGUGGAGCUGCUGUUGGCCAAGCAGGCCAGGGUCGACCAGACCAACGCCGACGGCAGCACUCCGCUGCAUGCGGCGGCCCAUCAGUGCGAGGUGGAGAUUGUCGCGUUCCUCCUCGCCAGGAAGUCCAUGGUGAACGCUGCGGACGGCGAGGGCUGGACGCCUCUAAUGUAUGCAACGAACUCGCCCGCCGCAGUGUCGGAUGGCCCCCGCCCGGAACUGGGCGAGCGGAAGGUGCAGGUGGAUGGUGUGAUUGGCAGGAAAUCCACGUUGGAGCUGCUGCUACUCCACAAAGCUGAUGUGAAUGCACAGUCCAUUGACGGGCUCAGCCCGCUCAUCAUCGUGUCGGCUCAUGAUCGGCCCCACGCUGCGAAGCAGCUGCUGGAAGCCAAAGCGCAGGUCAACAUGACUGGCGCGAAGGGCCAGACGGCGAUGCUUAUGGCGGCCUCCAACGACUUCCCCACGGUGGCCAAGACCUUGGUGUUGGGCAACGCGGAUGUGAACCAGGCCAACUUGAAGGGUGAAAGUCCCCUCUCGGUGUCGGAGCAGUUGGGCUUCAAAGACGUGGCCGAUCUGCUGAGAAACGCUGGGGCGCAACCUCCCAAGGGUGCGAAGAAAAAGAAGGGCCGGAAGUAGAUCGCGAGGCCAAGCUGUGUGGGCCAGCACCUUCCGAACGUGAAGGCAUGUUGGAGCUAGAGACAAGCCGGCGAGAUAUCGCGGG